AUGGAGGCCAACUGGCUCUUGGCACUUGCAACUGGCCAGAGGUUGGGUAGCAAGUGGUGGUGCCAAGGGCAUCCAUGGCUGCAACAAUCUGACAAGCAAUACCACCUAGUUAAUGCAGAUGUUCUUAAUGAAGUGAAGGGGAGAGAUCCGACAACAAAGUAUGUCCCAGUCAACAUGAAGCCAUCUGCAAAACCCACAUGUUCAUGCUAUACUGAAUCCACCCAAGGCCAAACUAAAACAGAGCCUUCAGAUGCGUCGUAG